AUGGCGGGGAACGUCUUUUAUAUCGUGCUGUUAUGUUUCGUGUUGUUAGUUGUGUGGGCAGAUGAUCGCGUUCUUCUCACUGAAGUAGACGAACGACGAUGGAACACGCCACCGGAACUUAUACCGGAGCAAGUUAUCAAAACAGCCGACACGAAAUAUGAACGAUCGUUGUCUAUUCCAAUCACGACAAAUAUCAAUGUGAACACAAUGAACAAUGCACAGACUUUGGGCUUUCAAGUAGCACCCGACGGCAUCAGCUACUCUGAAAACAACUUUAAUCGUCCGUUGUUCCAGCCGAAUGGAGGCAUUUCACAAAGUCAGUCGGUUUCGUUGGCUCUCGGAUCAACCGCUAUGCAUGCUUCUGCAUCGGGAAGCAUACAAAAUGGACACGGAAUCGCGACAUCUAUCGGUUCUCUGCAUUUUCCAGCUCCUUCGAUUUCAACUAACACUGCAUUCCCUUAUGGAAUGACUUCGAUCCGAUUUCCGGGACACAAUCGGCCUACUUGGACUAACAUUCGACCGAAUCAUAAUAACAACGGCCAACAUCCUCAGCGGAUGCCGAAAUUAGACAUCGAAGUCCAACCGCAUCGUAAACAAAAUGACGGACCAAUAACGUUACAUAUCUCGGCCCACGAUAUGCGAUGGAAUAAUAGGCAACCGCAAAUUCGUAUACACAAGUGGCAACCUAGUUAUAGAGAUUAUUAUGAUAACGAACAAACAUAA